GAGUUCAAUUCACAGCGUUAUUUACCAACCGUUUGGUUUCGGUUUCGGACUUCCCAGUUCCCAGUUUCCCACACGCACGCAGGCACCUACGUAGGACGCUGCGGAAGAACAACUGGCUGGAGAAGCCGGAGAUCGACGAUGGGGGCAGAUGGUCACGACGACGACGGCUGGCAGUGCCGGCCGCUGGGGCUCCUGAUCGGCCUGCCGUUCGCCGCCCUCGCGUUAGUGCUCUCGCUCGCCGGCGCCGUCGUCUGGAUCCUCGGGUCGGCGCUGAGCUGCGUGUGCCCGUGCUGCGUGUGCUGCGCGGCAGCGGCGAACCUGGCGGUGGGCCUCGUCCAGAUGCCCGUCAAGGUCAUCCGCUGGUUCAUCAGGCAGAUCCCCUGCUAGGCGCUGGUUACCUCAUAUAGAGCAAAUAGUAGUCAAUUGUCCUUCUGGAGUACGUAAAUGUUGUUCUCUUGUUUUCAGUAGAGAGGCAAAACAUGUUCUUUCUCGAGUUAGUUUAGAACGAGACUUCUCAUGACCCUGACACAACAUCAUAUGUAUCUACCUUGAAAACUCCAUGACUGUGUUCCGUAGAUUCCUAUAUGAACGUGGAUGUUUAAAGGGGGAAA